UCUCGUGCCUCUUUGUGUUGAAUGUGAUCAGAUAGAAAAGCGAAACACGGCGAGCGACGGUUGUCAGGUGCGUGGAUUGACAGCGGCGUCGAUUACAGCGAAAACGCCGGUGUUUUGACACCAUUUAACAUCCACAUCGCCAAAUCCAACCUUUGAACAGCGUCUUUACCGCUAUGGCAUAUUUGGUGGGCGUAUCUCUGGAAUGAUCGACAGCUCGAAGGGAUGGGCUACAACGAGAAACAGACCUAAAGAAGAAAAGCCAGAUCCCGCCCCUCGUAUCCUCUCCCCUUGCUUGCCACCGUGAUGUCGAACCCGUCCUGAACCGUAGGCCUUCCCACGAACAAACUCCCUCGCCAUGGGUUCUGUGUUUCUGUGGAAGCUGUCCUCCCAAAAGCUGGGUUUCUUCCUGGUGAGUUUCGGCUUCAUAUGGGGGAUGAUGCUGCUUCAUUUCACCAUCCAGCAGAGGGCGACGCACGAGAGCAGCGCCCAGCUGCGGUCGCAGAUUUUGGACCUGAGCAAGCGAUAUAUCAAAGCACUUGCAGAAGAGAACCAGAGCGUGAUGGACGGGCCCUACGUGGGCACCAUGACGGCUUACGAUCUGAAGAAGACUUUGGCUGUUUUAUUGGAUAAUAUAAUGCAAAGACUAUCAAAGCUGGAGUCAAAAGUGGACAACGUCAUCUACAACGGGACCAUCAGCAACCUGACCAACGGGACCUCGACACCCGGACCUAUUCCCGUCAACCCUGAGAAAGUCAAUGUGGCAGACUUGCUCAAUGGAGCUCAGGAGAAAUGCGAUCUACCCUCGCUCGACGGUUUCCCGCAUUGUGAGGGCAAGAUAAAGUGGAUGAAGGACAUGUGGCGUUCGGACCCCUGUUACGGAAACUACGGAGUCGACGGAUCCACCUGUUCGUUCUUCAUUUACCUGAGUGAGGUGGAAAACUGGUGUCCUCAUUUGCCGUGGAGAAUCAAGAGCAUCACCGACGAUUCCGACCGGAAUUCACAGGCCGGGAUCCGCACAAGUUUCGACGAGCUGUACCGUGCGAUGUCGCAGCGCGAGGAGUUUCGCUGGAUGAUGCUGCGAAUCAAGCGCAUGGAGGAGCCGUGGAUGAGCGCCAUCAGCUCCCUCGCCUACAAACAGAACCUCGCCAGCCGCAAGCGCAAAAAGAUCUUGGUGCACCUGGGUCUCCUGACGAAGGAGUCUGGGUUUAAGAUAGCGGAGAACGCGUUUAGUGGUGGUCCUCUCGGAGAGUUGGUCCAGUGGAGUGACCUCAUCACCACGCUGUACCUGCUCGGCCACGACAUUCGCAUCUCUGCAUCUCUCGCCGAACUGAAGGAGAUCAUGAAGAAAGUCAUGGGCAACAAGUCUAGUUGCCCCACCAAGGGCGAUAAAGUUGUGGAGCUCAUCUACAUAGACAUUGUUGGUCUGGCUCAGUUCAAGAAAACUCUGGGACCAUCUUGGGUCCAUUAUCAGUGUAUGCUGAGGGUCCUCGACUCCUUCGGGACCGAACCGGAGUUUAACCAUGCCCACUACGCUCAGUCUAAAGGCCACAAGACUCCAUGGGGCAAGUGGAACUUGAACCCCCAACAGUUCAACACCAUGUUUCCUCACACUCCAGAUAACAGCUUCCUGGGUUUCGUGGUUGAACAACACCUCAACGCCAGCGACGUCAGGCACAUCGACGACAUUAAGCGGCAAAACCAGUCGCUCGUGUACGGCAAGGUGGACAACUUCUGGAAGGACAAAAAGAAGUACCUAGACAUUAUUCAUUCGUACAUGGAAGUGCACGGUACGGUUCACGGGACCAGCACGGUCCACCUGCCGAGUUACGUGAAGAACCACGGCAUCCUGAGCGGACGCGAUCUCCAGUUCCUCCUGCGGGAGACCAAGCUGUUUGUGGGACUCUCCUUCCCGUACGAAGGACCCGCCCCUCUGGAGGCCAUAGCCAAUGGCUGCGCUUUCCUGAAUCCAAGAUUCGACCCUCCAAAAAGCAGCAAAAAUGCAGAUUUCUUCAAGGGCAAACCCACACUUCGAGAGCUGACGUCCCAGCAUCCGUACGCAGAGGUCUACAUCGGACGGCCGCACGUCUGGACCGUCAACAUAGACGAUCCUGAAGAGGUGCAGAACGCUAUUAAAGGAAUCCUGAGUCAGAAGAUUGAGCCCUAUCUACCGUACGAGUUCACCUGUGAGGGCAUGUUACAGCGAGUCAACGCGUUCAUAGAGAACCAGGAUUUCUGUCACGGUCAGGUCAUGUGGCCGCCUCUGAGCACCAUGCAGGUGAAAUUCGCUCCGGCCGGGAAAUCCUGCAAGCAGGUUUGUCAGGAGCAACAGCUGAUCUGUGAACCAUCAUUUUUCCAGCACCUCAAUAAAGACAGAGAUCUGGCCAGGUAUGGUGUCGAAUGUAAGACGGUGGACUCCGCCGGCGACAUCAACGUCCCCGCGUUCAGCGAGUCGGAGCAGCACUGCGUGUUUCAGUCUGACCUGCUGCUGUUCAGCUGCGCAGGCGCUCACCAGUCGCUCACGCGCAUCUGCCCCUGCAGAGACUACAUGAAAGGACAGGUGGCGCUGUGCAAGGACUGCUUAUAACACGCAAACCGGGCGAUGUUUAUAAGAAGACUUUAGAUAUUUCGAUAUUAACCGCCGGCGUGGCAGCUCUCGGCUAAGAUAAUCAAUCUUGCCGAAUAAACACAGGAAGAGGAGCUUCAUUCGCGCAAACUUGAAUCGGUUUCAGCCUGACAUACUUGAAGAAGAGUGCAGGACAUCAGAACUCUACUGCCCCCUGCUGGAGUGGAGGAAACACUGUAGUGAAACCCAAUUUUAUCCUUAUUAUUUCUGACUUGUUACUAAGUUUUUUUAAUCCAUCGGCUGCCUGGAGAACGAAACUUUGGCUGAUUUUUAACCCUCGGGAAAGACUGAAGGCGUGGGAAAAGACUAUGAAAAUGAUUACUUGGUUUUACACUGUAACUCUCCACACAUUAGCUUUGUAAAUCGAUGUAAAUAACACACAAAGUCUACUUUAUUCUGCAUGGUUGCUGUGAAUCAAAGUGGAUUUACUGUACACACAAACGACUCGAUUCUGGUGCGGCAGGCUUGCACAUCUGUGCGUUAGUUUUGAAAAUCAACAGCACAUGUCAACACAUGUUAUCCACGGUAAAUACUGCAGUACCUCACCAGUUUACUGCCAGAUGUGUUCGUCGAACACAGAUGUCACGAACCAGCCAGUAUAAAAACACAAAUCCACCUAACCGUAGCAGGUAAAUUGAGAAACUUUUUGUUGCUGCUAACUGGCAAAAAGUUGCCAGAUUUACCUGAAUUCACCCUAUAAGGAUUUUAAAUAGUUAAUAGUUAAAUCAUCUCUGAUGUUUCUGUAAGAUUUUAUCUUAAAAAGACGUGUACAUACGGUGAAAGAUUGUUUUUUAUUUUGUGUUAAACACACAGAUUGGCCUUCUGGUUUUAUUUCGAUGUUUUUUAUUAUUUCCAGAAGGACUGUAUUGUUGAAUUGCCUGCUUAUCGAAGAAAAAAAACC